UAGGGGGCUCCUGCUAUAACUGGCAUUGAUAAUACAUGUUCUUGCCUUUGUAAAAUGUUCUUCUAUCUGUUUAAUUUUCUUACCUUUCUUCUUUGUUCCGUCUAAAUUUCGGUAUAGCGACAAGUGGUAUGGCUGAGUUGAUUUUAGAUCCAAACAUUAGGGGUUGGGUAUUUUUGCCUAUCGUUGUAAUUACAUUUCUCGUAGGCAUUAUUCGACAUUAUGUUUCGAUACUACUUGCUUCACAAAAAAAGGUUGAGCUUCAUCAAGUACAAGACAGUCAAGUGAUGAUACGUUCUAGAUUACUUAGGGAAAAUGGUCAAUAUAUUCCAAAAAUGGCAUUUAUUAGUAGAAGACAUUUUUUUAAUAAUGAAGAAACAGGAUAUUUUAAAACACAAAAACGUGCUCCAGUAUCACAGAAUCCAAUGACAGAUCCUAAUAUGAUGACAGAUAUGUUAAAAGGAAAUGUAACUAAUGUUAUACCAAUGGUGCUUAUAGGUGGUUGGAUUAAUUGGAUGUUUUCUGGUUUUGUUACAACUAAGGUACCAUUUCCUUUAACAUUGCGUUUUAAACCAAUGUUGCAACGUGGCAUAGAAUUAGCUACUCUUGAUGCUGCAUGGGUUUCAUCAGCAUCUUGGUAUUUUCUAAAUGUGUUUGGAUUGCGUUCCAUUUACACACUUGUCCUUGGUGAAAGUAAUGCUGCUGAUACUUCUAGACUUUUACAAGACCAAGUAUCUGGUGCUGCAAUGUCUAUGCCACCAGAUCCAAAAGCUGCUUUUAAAUCAGAAUGGGAAGCAUUGGAAAUAUAUGAACAUAAUUGGGCACUACAAGGAGUUGAAGCAGAUCUUAUAGGAUCUCAAAGAACAGAUAUAAGUGAAAGUAGCAAAUAAUAAACAUCUAUAUCUAUAGAUAUAGUAUGUGCCAUUUUGGGAAGAUGAUUAAAGUUUUAAUAUAUUAUUAAAUGAAUUAAUAGUUUAAAUUAGUAAAAUAAGGAAUGUCUUAUUGACAUUCUGUAAAAUAUUAUUUUAUAUCUUAUUAAAAUAUCUGAAUCAUAUUUUCUUUGUAAUUUGUUAUACUUUUAAUUUCAUAUGUACAAAAAUGUCACAAUUGUAGCAAUAUAUUUCCAUCUUUACAUUUUUAAGGUACAAAUAUUUAUAAGUUAUUAAAUGUAUUUAUCACAA